UGGAGCGAUGAGACGAUCGCGAUUGGCGCACGUGCUUAUUUUUAUCGCGGAUAGCUAAUUAGAAGUUAUCGAAAGUUUAGAAGGAAUGAAUCAUUGAUUGCUUGGUAGUAAAAAGUAGUUGAAAGUGUAAGCAUGGAACGAGUGAAGGUCGUUUAGUGGAGUAACUGUGGUAUUUUAUUUUUGUGCUGGAAUAAAAUGAACGCGACGUAGGUUUAACUUAUUGGAUCCAGGAGCAAUUGGAAGAUCUAUUAGAUCCUCGCAGGGGCUGUCGAUCGGGUCACCAGAUACACUCGCGCGCGGCCAGGGACGACGUCCUCGGCGAUCGUCGGGCGACAAUCGCCGAUACGGUUGGACGAUUGUUUCCUUCGUCCUUCCUGUUGCAGUCCAGUUUCGUCGUUCGAACGUGCAUCAUGUACGGGGGCAGACGUGCGACGGAAAGGACCUCCCUCACGAGGUCCUUCGAUUCCCCUGAUUACGUGGAAUUCGUCGACCACUCGAGGACCAGGAAGUCGAGGAUCAGGCAAUUUCAAUGCUGCGUCUGCGCCACCUUGAUAGCGUUCUUCACGAUGGCCCUGAUAGUGGCCGUCAGCUACUCCGUGAGCAACGACGUCACGGAUGAAGCACCGAACCUCACGAAUCCCGUGCUCGAGGUGUCCCCGAACUUAACAGGGACUCUGAGGCUAGGUUUCGCUCCAGGAUCAGGAUCCUACACGCUGUUCAGCGACGCGGGGAUCCCCUCGAACGCGAACUCGAUCUUCGUCUCGGACAAGGACUCUUCAGGGCCAGCGCUGAGCGACGGCGAGUACAAGGAAGGAUUGGAAGCAGGUCGCCAGGCGAUGAACGAUCGUCUGUUCGCGGACGCCACCGCAUUGGCGUCCCCAUUGCCUUCGCCUUCGCCAGCUUCGAGGCAUCGUUACGCUGUGAGCACCUGCGUGAGCGUCAGAGCUCUGGCCCUAGCUGCAGUGGCAGAACUAGCUGCCACCAAGAGGAUAGAGGACUCCAGGGCCAUCCUGGGAGCCCCUUCAGCCGUGGGGAGCUUCUUCGACGGCGAUUGGGUACCUCGUGGCGCCUGCAAACAGCUGGUCAGCCAGGAAUGCGUCGCGAGCAAGUAUCGAAGCUUCGACGGAAGCUGCAACAGGCCGUUGCAGUGGGGGGCUACGAUGACCCCUUUCAGAAGGGUCCUACCUCCCAGUUACUCAGAUGGCGUCGAGGCUCCGCGCAAGGCUCUGUCAGGAUCGGAGCUACCGUCGGCACGAGAGGUCAGUCUGAAGGUUCAUAGGCCCUCGCCGAGCAGCAAUCCUGACUUCACGGUGAUGCUGGCUGUGUACGGACAGUUUUUGGAUCAUGAUAUCACUGCUACAGCGAUUAGUCAAGGCGUGAAUGGUAGUUCCAUCUCGUGUUGUCCUCCUUCAGUCGGCCACCCUGAGUGUUUCCCAGUUCCUGUGGCCUCGGGGGAUCCUGUUUUCGACGUCACGGGAAGGACUUGCAUGGAGUUUGUCAGGUCCGCUGGCGCACCUCAGUGCAAGAUCGGUCCCAGGCAGCAGUUGAAUCAGGUGACAGCGUUCAUAGACGGUUCCGCGAUAUAUGGCUCCGACGUUUCCAUGGCACGCGACCUGCGAGAGUUCUCCGGGGGUCGAUUGAGGAUGCAGAGGACCCCGGACAAUCGAACGCUAUUGCCGGCGAGCACGAAUCCGGAUGACGGCUGCAACAGGGAGAGCGAGCGUCUGAGAGGACGCUACUGCUUCGCAGCCGGCGACGCCAGGGCGAACGAGAACUUGCACUUGACGACGAUGCAUCUCCUCUGGGCGAGGCAGCACAAUAGGAUCGUCGAGGAGCUGGCUAAGAUCAAUCCAGCCUGGGACGACGAGACACUCUACGAGGAGUCUCGACGCAUAGUCGUCGCUCAGCUCCAGCACAUCACCUAUCAGGAAUUCGUGCCUACCGUCCUCGGCGAGCAGGAGACCGAGUCUCGAGAGCUGAAACCCCUGAAGUCGGGCUACAGACAGUGGACAGAGGAUCCGGACGAGCCUAACAACGAUCCAACCAUAGCAAACAGUUUCGCAGCUGCUGCAUUUCGAUUCGCCCAUACUUUGCUACCAGGACUGAUGAAAGUCACCGAUGACCUACGAGGCACGUCGUCUUACGUAGAGCUGCACAGGAUGCUGUUCAACCCUUACAGUCUGUACUCGGAGGGCGGAGUGAAGAGUUCCGUGACUUCAGCCACGGAGAACGUCAUUCAAAUGACCUCCACUCACGUGACGUCUCAGUUGACCAAUCACCUGUUCGAGGACCCUAUAGGGAACGCCACUGUUCCUUGUGGCCUGGACCUGGUGUCCUUGAACAUCCAGCGUGGAAGAGAUCACGGACUGCCUGGUUACACAAAGUGGAGGGAAUAUUGUGGACUGGGAAAGCCUGAAAGCUUUUCCGACCUGGAGGGACACGUGGAUCCGCAGACCCUGAGGGACAUGUCCGCGCUGUACGAGUCCGUUCAUGACGUUGAUUUGUAUACCGGUGCACUGGCUGAGCUACCGAAGCCUGGCGGAAUCGUCGGGCCUACUUUCAGUUGCCUGAUUGCGGAUCAGUUCGUUCGAUUGCAGAAAGGCGAUCGAUUCUGGUACGAGGUGGCUGGUAGACCUCAUUCGUUUAGUCCAGAUCAGCUUCAGGAACUACGCAAAACAUCUCUGGCAAGGCUGAUCUGCGACUGUUCGGACGGAGUCACCCAAAUCCAACCCGAAGUCAUGCGCUCCAUUGGUCCCAACAACCCCAUGAUGUCCUGCGAGGACAUCCCAGCAUUGUCCUUGGAACCAUGGUUGGACGUAAAAGCUUCCGAUCCCUUAUUGAAGGCUACAUUCGCUCCGUUCGAUUGGGUGGAAUUUAAGAGCAACAUCAACAAAACGAUCCAAGAUGUCGUAACGUACAUCAACGACACGGCAUCGUCCGCCACAGUGGGCACAGACUGGCUGGCGUUCAAGAGUUACAUAAACAACUCCUUCUCUGAUUUAAAGAAUCAACUGUCGGGGCUUCACCCUCCGACACCUGUCGAAAGUCAGUCGAAAAUAGGACCAACGAAGACCGAAGGAUUUAUUUUAAAAGCAGGAGCCCCGGCGAGCGUGUACAUGGACUGGAUCAGUUUCAAGAGCGAUCUAGUCAAGUCCCUGAAUGAUUCUAUAGGGACGAUAGGUGGUGGUCCAGCCUCUGCUACCAAGUGGAUCGCCUUUAAACAGAACAUCGCCGACCAAUUUACCGAUCUGAAGAGUCAGAUCGACUCCAUGAAGGCGGACGUUUCCCCCAAGUUGCUCGCGAUGAAGUCCAAAGAGGGUGACGUUGUAACCAAGCAGAAGAAGUCGAUGAAGGCAACGAAGACGAAGACGAAGACGAAGACGUCGAAGGUCGGGGAGGCCAUGAUUUCAGCGAUCUUCGACUGGAAGAAUUUCAAGGACAAUAUUACGAAAUGGUUGAACGACACCAUCUUAGACAUAGGUAGCAACAUGCCACCCCCUGGUGAUCCAGCUUGGGCGACCUUUGGCAAAGAUAUAAUGGACAAGUACUCUGCUCUUCGAGGCGAAAUAAACAGCACGAAACCUGCUGUUCCAAUGCAACUGGCUGCUGGAGGACCAGCUGGCAAUUGGUUGGCUUACAAAACUGACGUCAUCGACGCCAUGAACGAAGCCGUAAUGGGAAUAAAGGACAGCAUGCCACCUCCUGGGGAUCCAGCGUGGGCGACCUUCGGCAAAGACAUAACGGACAAGUACUCUGCCCUUCGAAAUAAAAUGAACAACACGAAUCCUCCUGUUCCGAUGCAAAUGGCUACUGGGAAGUCCAGUAUCGCCGAGGAUUGGUUGUCCUACAAAGCCGACGUCAUCAAGACCAUAAACGACACCGUGAACGAGAUAAAGAGCCACAUGCCUCCCCCAGGUGAUCCAGCAUGGGCUACCUACAGAGACGAAGUCGUGAAGACGUUCUCUGGCUUCAAGACUACCCCACCGCCAUUGCAGCUUGCCUUCUUACCUGCGAACGUUCAACGUCCCAUCUUGGGUGCUCCAGGUGCAAAGUUCGUCAACGUUGACCUCUCCAAUUUGACCGACGACUGGCUAGAGUUCAAGAGCCAACUGAACGACUCGCUGACACGAAUCAUCCAGGAUAUUCAAAGUAAGAAGCCAACCGGGAUCGAUCCCGUUGGCUGGGUCGCCUUCAAGGCCUCCACUGCGAACGAAUUCGCGCAGUUAAAGGACGAGAUAGCGAGCAUGAAGACCGAGUGGGCAAUGAAGAUCAAAUCAAAGGACUCUCCCGUUCUCCAGGCUGCGUUCAAGAAGGACGCUUCCGGCAAAUUCGAUUACACGAAGUUCGCGAAGCCUGCUAUACCUCCAGAGGACUGGGUGGCCUUCAAAAAGGAGAUAAACGACACUUUGAUGAAUUUGCUGAACACCGCAAACCUCACCGAGAAGAUGGACUUCGACGAGAUCCAGGGGAUGUUCAACGAGUCCUUCGCCAGCCUUAGGCAGGAGAUCGCGUCCUUGAAGGACCAGAUCGCAAUGGCCGAGAAUAAAACAGUCGACGAUUGGAUCAACUUUCAGACUCAGCUGAAUGCCACGGUGAAGGAACUGACAGAGAAUUUAAAAAAUGGGACCAAGGCAAUUGCGAUGAGGACACUGUUUCAGACCAAGGAUAAAUUGUCUAAUCUUGAACCACCCGCGGACGUGCCAACGAAGGACCUACUAGAGUACACUUCCAAAAUCAGCGAAACACUCGCAGCCAGUCUGAAAGACAUCGGAGGCCCAAAGAAGAAACCUUUGACUCUCAAAGCAGAAGAGCCUCUGUCUUCGUGCCCCGUACAAAUGUCUUUACAGGAUUGGUUGAUAGCCUCGUGUCUCGCGAUAGUGCUUCGUGUGUCUUCGUUCAACUCCCAGAUACCUGUUAGGUGUUAGAAGAUACGCGAGAAGAUACACUUUUUUAAUACUUGUACAUAUAUUCUAGAACUUAAAUACUUUUACAUACUAAAUAUGGGGUAAGAGAACGUAUCGAACAGAAGAAACGAGGGGACCUUGAAAGGGGCCAAAAAGUGUAAAGGUUUGAUUGACAUUAAAGCGUGGGAAACCAA